AUGACUUAUUUUUAUCUUUAUUUGCCACCCCUAUCUAUGAUUUUUCUUUGUCUUCACUGCCAACUCUGUGUCUCUCUCAUUUUGUUUUCAUGGGCAAACAUGUCUCCGCUUUUGUUUUCAUUGCCAACACCCCCAUCAUCUUAUUCAUCUCUUUGUCUUCAUGGCCACCUCCCUUGUCUCACGUUUUUGUCUUUAUGGCCACCUUCCUCGUCUCAUGUUUGUGUCUUCAUGGCCACCACCCUCGUCUCACGUUUUUGUCUUCAUGGCCACCACCCUCGUCUCACGUUUUUGUCUUCAUGGCCACCUCCCUUAUCUCAUGUUUUUGUCAUCAUGGUCACUUUUCUUGUUUCACGAUUUUGUCUUCAUGGCCACCUCUCUCAUCUCACGUUUUUGUCUUCAUGGCCACCUCCCUUGUCUCACGUUUUUGUCUUCAUGGCCACCUCUCUCAUCUCACGUUUUUGUCUUCAUGGCCACCUCCUUUGUCUCACGUUUUUGUCUUCAUGGCCACCUCCUUUGUCUCACGUUUUUGUCUUCAUGGCCACCACCCUCGUCUCACGUUUUUUGUCUUCAUGGCCACCUCCCUUAUCUCAUGUUUUUGUCAUCAUGGUCACUUUUUUCUUGUUUCACGAUUUUGUCUUCAUGGCCACCUCUCUCAUCUCACGUUUUUGUCUUCAUGGCCACCUCUCUCAUCUCACGUUUUUGUCUUCAUGGCCACCUCCUUUGUCUCACGUUUUUGUCUUCAUGGCCACCUCCUUUGUCUCACGUUUUUGUCUUCAUGGCCACCUCUCUCAUCUCACGUUUUUGUCUUCAUGGCCACCUCUCUCAUCUCACGUUUUUGUCUUCAUGGCCACCUCCUUUGUCUCACGUUUUUGUCUUCAUGGCCACCUCCUUUGUCUCACUAUAUCUGUCUGUCUGUAUCCAUCUCUGUCUGUACCUACCUAUCUAUCUAUCUCUAUCUCUCUAUUUGUCUGGCUGUGUCUGUAUCUAUUUAUGCAUCUGUGUCUGUAUCUAUUUAUGUGUCUGUCUGUAUCUAUCUAUGCCUGCCUGUCUCUAUCUGUCUGUCAGUCUCUAUCUAUCUGUCUCUAUCUAUCUAUCUAUCUAUCUUUGUCUGUCUCUAUCUAUCUAUCUUUGUCUGUCUCUAUCUAUCUAUCUAUCUAUCUAUCUAUCUUUGUCUGUCUCUACCUAUCUAUUUAUCUUUGUCUGUCUCUAUCUUAA